AUGAAAAAAACCAGUAGUUAUUCAUCAGGCUAUUUUGCACCCUCAUCAACGCCCAAUAAUGCAGCAGUUGAAUUUCUAUUGAGGACAGCAGUUUCAGAGGAGGAAGUUGUUCUGUUUGAACCUCUAUCAUCAUUAAAGAGGAAACAGAGUAGACAAAUUAUUCUUCCUCCGAUACCCUCCUCACCCACAAGAAAAAGAAUGGAUGUUGAUGAUACAUUAUUAUUGACUCCCUCAGAUUUGAUGGAAGAAGAUUCCUUCAGUAUGAUCAGUGAGAAUAAUAAUUCAACUUUUAAUGGAGCAGAGGAACAUUUAUAUGUAGAUUUGGCCAUGGGUCCUAAUCCUUCACAAACACCUCAAAACAUUAGAAAAUAUAAGGGAGUAUCAUCUGUAGUUCUCUCCGAUUCAACAAGUAUACCCUCAAGUGAGGCUAAAGUAAGAAUUUCUUCAUCCUACUCUUCACAGCACCAUUCAUCAUCACCACCAUCAUCAUUAUCACCUCCUUCUCAUCAUGAAAGACACUCACCCACUUCUGAUAAUAAUUCAACACUCGGAUAUUUGACUGCCAAUAAGAAGAGGGUUGGCAUUGAUAGCAUGGAAUUAUCACCCAUUCCAAAUAUGAAAAAACACUCAAUGGAUGAUGAGGAUAUGGUUCUUCAGCAAGCAUCACCACCAACUUCUCCCAUGUUUAGCAGUUUGGGAAGGAAGGCUCUUUCUGCCAAUGCAGCAUCAACAGCACCAACAUUUACUGCAACUGCUUUUAUGGAUGCCAAUAAGAAAAUGGAGGAAACUAAAAAGGUACCACCUCGAUUAUCAAUUGUUAAGCCAUCAUCUAGGGCAAUAAGGAAAGCUCCUUCAUCUCCAGUAAGAGCUUACAUUUACUCAAAGAGUGUGAGUGUAGAUAAACCAAAAAGCGAGAAAUCACCAAAAAAGAAGGAAUCACCUCCAAAGAAACAAAAGAAGAGCUUUGAAAUGGCUCCAUCAAUUUACCUUAAUCCAGUUGUAAAAUUACCUCCUUCCCCUCCAAAAAAGGCUCUAUCCAUGCCAAGACUGUCAACAGGAACAACAAAGAGACGGCCCAAGUUGAGUGUUGACAUGUGUGUAAAUAAUAACCAGGAAGUCAGCACUCCAAACUCUGCUCGCAGUAGAAGUCACAGUGGAGCAACCAAUCUUGUGAGGAUGGGAUCUUCUACAAUUCAAUUACUUUCAAAUCUACCUUUUAAAAUUCAGGAGGUUGUGAUAGAGUUUUAUGGUGGCAGCUUUUCAAAAACAUGUUGUUUUGAUGGAAUACUAAAUUAUUCUAAAUUUAUCAAAACAUAUUUUGGAAAGUUUAAGGAAGCUAACAAGCCAAGAUUUAUAUUUAAAUAUCUCCAUGUUGAAAGUACAAACCUUUCAUUUCAAGAAAUAUCCCACCUCAUUCAAAUUCAAAGUCUACAUAGACACCAAAUGUCAAUAGUUUAUCCAAUAAGCCAUUACCUUUUUUCAUUCCCUAAGAGAACUAUCCAAUUAGCUGAUGAAAAUGAAAUUGAGAACAAUCUUGUUGAGAAAUUAGAACUCUUUACAACUGACAAUUCUCUUUGUACCAAAAUAACCGAGCUCAAUAUUGAAGGAAUUGAAACAUUUGAGUCUUUAAUAACAUUGGCCGUACGUAAAUUUAACAAUCUGGAGAAAAUUUGCUUUGGGAGAAGUGUUCUCAGGACAAAGAUGACAAAUUCAAGAUCUUACUAUUUGGAUGAGAAUUUUGCAAAAGUUUUUGCAGAAACCAAUUAUGCUUUGAAACAUUUGGAAUAUUGUGGACCGACUACAUUCAUAACUAGCGAGUUUGUUACUCACACGCCCAAUUUGGAAAUUAUUAGAAUUGAAAGUCGUAAUUUCAUUAGUGACGUUGGAGAUUGUGUUGCUAAUUGGAAAAAUCUUCAAGUUUUGGAUUGUAAAUUUGAUAGAAACCAUUUUGGACACGAGAAGAAGGCAAAUGCAUAUAUUUUCUUUACAGCACUUAACACAAUACAGACAUUACACACUCUGAAACUUGAGGGUUAUGCAAUAUCUGGAGAGGAAUUCUUAGGCCUCAAAAAUAAUCAUACUAUUCAAGUUUUGAAUCUGAGUAGGGCGACAAUGAGCGAAGACGUUUUCAAUACGAUCAGUACUUUCUCCAAUCUUAAACAUCUUUAUGCUGAUUCAAUCAUUGGUAACUCAUUAAAUUCUCUUGGAAAAUUGGCUAAUUUAUCAAAGCUGGAAAUUUUGGAUUUGAAACAAAACACAGCUUUUGGUGAUGCUGGUUGCGCCAUGAUUGGAAAUGUGAAAUCUUUGAGAAAGCUCUAUGUAAUGAAUUUAGGAGAGGAUCAAAUUCAUGACAAGGGGGUAACCGAGUUGAGUUCUUUAACUAAUUUGGAAGAAUUGGAUGUAAGAUUUUGUGAUAUUACUAAUAAGGGACUUGUUACUAUUGCCAAAGCAUGUUCAAAGUUGCAAACAAUUCAUGUUGGUGGCUGUUCAAAGGUUGAUGUCAAUUCUCUCCCUCUGGAAUUGAGACUGAAAACAAGAAAAUAAGUUUACAGCUACAAGAAAACAGACUGGCUAUUCUAAUGUCAAAGAUAAUGUAGGAGUUGAGACAUUUUUAUUUUACAAAUUUUCUCACUGAAACUUGAUUUCCUUAAAGUAUUGGAAAAUUGGCUAAUUUUUCUAAUUCCUUUCAGACAACUGUGGAGAUUUCACUUGGAGAAUUUCAUCAGAAAAUAUUAUCAGAGUUCUCUAUUAUUUUUCUGAAACGAUGGUGUUUUAUUUAAGGAAUUGUUACUGCAGUAAAUUGAAUGUUUUUGU